AUGCGUGCCUUUUUUGAACAUCUUUCAUUUCUCACUCCCCGUUCCUCUUUAUUUCCAUCGCUCUCCUCUCUCUCUCUCUCUCUCUCUCUCUCUCUCUAUCUCUCUCUCUCUCUCUAUCUAUCUAUCUAUCUAUCUGCACGCUCAUCUCGGUUUCCCUAUUUACGUAAUCAUUAUCCUUCUCUCUCACUAUCUCUGUAUCUCCUUCCCUUUUCUUGUCAUCUCUGUAUCUACCUCCCUACUUUAAUACCUAUUUUCUCUCUUUCUUUCUCCCCCACUCGCCCUCUCUCUUUUCUCUUUACAUCUCUGCAUCUUUCUCGCUUCCACCCUCUCUCAUCAUCUCUGCGUCUCCCUUUUUGCUUAUCCCCACUCCUUCUCUCAAUCCCCUUCACUUUUUUCUCACAUCACCCACCCAACAUGGAAUUUUUCCCUUCUCCUUUCUUUCGUAUAUUUCUUCUUUUUUUUCUACUGCUUAUUUUGUACAUUGUUUUAUUUUAUUUUUCUCUACCCUUUCUUAAUUCAUGGCAAUUUUUAUUCUCUUUUUCUGCAUCUAUCUCUUUUAUUUUCUCCCACUUAUCUGUUCAUAUCUAUCUAUCUAUCUAUCUAUCUCAGUCUGUUUCUUUCUUUCUAUCUAUCUAUAUCACACUGUUAGAAUCUAUGUUCCUGUCUAUCUUCAUAAUUCUGCACAGAUCUGUAGAUUUACCUUCAUAUCUUCCUUCCAUCGACAUAAGCAUUUUAAUCAAUAAAACUCUCUCUCUCUCUCUCUCUCUCUCUCUCUCUCUCUCGUAG